GGGCUAAACAGGGGGUUACCAGCUUACCAAUUUCUACCCAAUCAAGAGUACAAAUACAGUAACCACCAGUGAAACAGUGCCUUCACUUGCAAUUGCAAAGUCUUCAACUUUGUUCGCUCGCCCUGUGCCACCAUUAUCUAAGCCAUGCUGAAUUCACUUGGAAAGCCCUCCUCGCUUCCAAAGAAGCAACAGAAGCAAGAAAGAGAAUGGUUAGCAUCCAGUUUCAGGCCUGAAAACUUCAUUCCGGGUCUUGUCAUCGGUUUCAUUGUUGGGUUGUUGUGGGAUUUAUCAAAACCGGCUAUAAAUGACACAAGGAAGAAGAAGAAUUUCGUGCCGGGAAAGCUCCAAGAGGGAAGUUGGGUCUCAAGUAAUGGUGGCGAAGAGCUUAAAAUGGUACUGGUUGUUAGACAAGAUUUGAAGAUGAAAUCAGGAAAGAUUGCAUCUCAAUGUGCACAUGCUGCAACUGGCAUGUAUGCAGAAUUGAUGUACAGUCACCGAUCCCUUCUGAGACAGUGGGAGCAAAAUGGGCAACCCAAAAUAGUUGUUUUGUGCAAGAAUCAACAAGAAAUGAAUAAGCUUAAAGAAGCAGCUGAGGAUAUUGGCCUUCCAACUUUUGUAGUUGCUGAUGCUGGGCGAACACAGGUUUUGGCUGGGUCAAAGACUGUUCUUGCCAUUGGUCCUGGACCAAAAGAAACAGUAGAUUCAGUGACCAGGAAACUAUGCCUGCUUUGACCGAAUAAAACAAAGCCAAUUUUCACUUUCUACUUAUUCUUCCGUUGAUUUCCUGCACAAGUAUAACACAAUCAUUUUCAGUGUGAAGACCAUUCCUUGAUUAUGGCCGGUAAAUAUAAUAUGCUGUUAAGAUCAAGGUGAUUUGCACCCACAUUACAAGUACUUUAGAGAUCAUUUUUCCGCAAUUCCUAUUUUCCUUGGGAAGAGGGUGCUUGGCUGCCCUGGAGACAAGAAACUAGAGUAGGGUAGCAUAGAUGAUCCUCUGCUAGCCUUCUGCUGUCUUAUAUGUUUGAUAGAAUGUAAGAUUUCAAGGUCGUUCAUACUUUAUCAUAUUCUCUUGUCAAUCAAACGGAGCUUUUAGUUGUUAUUAUUAUUAUUUUCCAUAGACUUGAUUAAAAUUAAGUCUCUCUUCAGCUGUCGCUACGAUGUUAUUUAUGUUGUAAGAGCUUGAAUUUAAUCAUAAACACGACGUGGUAACUAUCUCAGAAGCAGAAAUCUGUCUCUGACAUUGGUUGCUGGGAUGCACAUUUUUACUUCAAACUACUUAUAUUUGUUCUUUAA